AUGGCGCACAAUGGUCAUCAAGCUCAUAUUACCGCCCCAUCUCUGAAACAGCACAGGACCUACGCUAGUAGUGCCGCCGUCAGGGGUGACUAUUAUACCGUGCUCAAAGUGUCUAGGGGAGCUACGAAACAGCAAAUCAAGGCAAAGUUUUACGAGCUAUCCAAACGAUUCCAUCCGGAUGCUUCUGGUGGAAGUGUGGAAAAGUUUCAUGCCAUUGGAGAAGCUUAUGAGGUUCUCGGGGAUGAACUCAAGAGGCGAGUGUUCUUCUGGCUAAAGUCGCCGGCAGAGCGACGUUCUCUACGAGAAUACGAUCAAACAUUGAUUCAACCCAAGUACACAUCUUAUCAACACCCAUCUUCUUCUUCUUCAUAUUCUCAACAAACUUCAUACACUCGUCGACCGGCCGGACCCCACAUGGCAUGGUCAGGAUCAGGUCGCUCAUCAAAGCCCAACUCGUCGUCUUCUUCUUCUUCCUCCUCCUCCUCGUCUUCCAGCUUUCUGUAUCGACCUUCAGGGUCUCGUGAUCCAUUCGGAUCCCCAUCGCCUGAACCGGGGGAAUACGGUGCUCCACUCUUUGGAAAAGGAUACCAACCUUAUAGGAAGUACGAUUCACGAUACUCUACAGCUGGAGAUUAUGGAGAAUCACUGUACAGCGAUAUGGAUCCUUCUGCCUCGACGAACCAGUCAUCCAAAAAGGGCAAACGUCGGAAAAAUGCUGAAUCCAGGCAGGACGAAGCGGCAGACUUGGAUCAGCUACGAUCCGCAGCCAUUAGAGAUCCCUGGAACUCUAAAUAUCAAGCUCUCAAAGACGUAUGGUUUGAUCAAGCCAAGACGGGUCGAUUCACAACUGGAUCUUCAGAGAACGAAAGUCGACCCUCGCCGAAUGGGAUCCUAGGGCUUCUUGUCGUCACUUGCUUCGCAGGCUUCUUCUGGCUGGCCAGUGGUAGCGCCAAAGCGGACGAAGGAGACCAGCACGAAACGGGACCAGUCCGUUGA